AUGACUGGGGUCCACUCAGUUGAAGUGAAAUUAAAAAUGGAGCAAGAAAUUGUAUCAAGAGAAGGUGACGGAGAGAAAUGGGUGUAUGAUUCUUCUGUUGAUCAUAAAGGAAGAGUUCCUCGCCGAGCUUCAACUGGAGUGUGGAAAGCAGCCCUCUUUAUCAUUACAAUUGAGUUUAGCGAGAGGCUGUGCUUCUUUGGACUUUCAACAAGCCUCAUCACAUACCUCACCAAAGUCAUCCAGCAAGACCUCAGGACAGCAGCAAAGAAUGUCAACUAUUGGGCAGGAGUGACCACAAUCAUGCCUCUAAUUGGAGGGUUCCUAGCUGAUGCCUACACUGGCCGAUUUCCUAUGAUCUUGCUUUCAUCAACCAUAUACCUUAUGGGUUUAGGUCUCUUGGUCAUGUCCCGGUACAUCCCGAGCCUAAAGCCAUGUGACACAGACUCAUGCCAACAUCCUAGCAAGGCUCAUGAAGUAAUCUUCUUUCUUGCAAUGUACUGUAUCUCUGUAGCAACUGGAGGAUACAAGCCCUGCUUACAGAGCUUUGGAGCUGAUCAAUUCGACGACGAUCACCCUGAAGAAAGGAAAAAGAAGAUGUCCUAUUUCAACUGGUGGAACUUUUCUCUUUGUUCUGGGCUUGUGCUUGGCGUGACAUUGGUUGUCUACGUGCAAGAGCAUGUCGGCUGGGGUGUUGCAGAUCUUAUGCUCACAAUAGCUAUGGCAAUUACUAUCUUAAUCUACUAUUUCGGAAAGUCGUUUUAUCGAUAUAGGGUGCCAGAGGGCAGCCCUUUGACACCCAUGUUGCAGGUUUUGGUUGCAGCCAUAAAGAAAAGAAGUAUGCCUUAUCCAUCCAACACUAGUUUGUUAUAUGAAGCUCCCAAGUCACAAAAGCCCAAAGGAAGGCUCCUAUGUCAUACAAAUAAUCUCAGAUUUCUUGACAAAGCAGCAAUAACUGAAGGGAAUGAGGAUGAGAAAAUACCAAGUCCCUGGAAACUAGCAAGAGUGACAAAAGUCGAAGAGUUGAAACUCAUCCUUAACAUGAUCCCCAUAUGGUUAACUUCCUUAGCAUACGGGACAUGUGUAGCACAGAGUGGAACAUUCUUCAUCAAGCAAAGCAGCACAAUGAACCGAAAGAUAGGUCACCAUUUUGAGAUCCCACCGGCUACUAUAUUCUCUCUCACCGCGGUUGGAAUGAUUAUUGCUGUCGCCAUCUAUGACAAGGUCCUAGUUCCGGCACUAAGAAGAGCUACAGGCAAUGAAAGAGGCCUAAAUAUCCUCAAAAGGAUUGGUUUCGGCAUGAUAUUUUCAGUUCUAUCCAUGGGAAUUGCAGCACUAAUCGAGAGGAAGAGGCUAAGCAUUGCACACAAUGAAAUUAGUCUAGGGAAUAUAGGGCCUGUCCCUAUGAGUGUGUUUUGGCUAGCACCCCAAUUCCUUCUUCUUGGUGUUGGAGAUGCAUUUACUCUUGUUGGCUUGCAGGAGUAUUUCUAUGACCAAGUGCCUGAUUCAAUGAGAAGUUUGGGCAUAGCAUUCUAUCUCAGUGUGAUGGGCGUUGGAAAUUUCUUGAGCAGUUUCCUGAUAACUGUUGUGAACAAUAUCACUGAGAAGUCCAGCGGGACUAGCUGGUUUGGCAAGGACUUGAAUACCAGCCGUAUCGAUAAUUUCUACUGGUUGUUGGCAGCCAUGAAUGGGUUGAACAUUUGUGUGUUUGUGUUGUUGGCAAGGAGGUACUCUUACAAGAAUGUGCAGAGGGGUGUGAACGUAGCCGAUACCCAUAUAGGUGAUGAAAUGGAUUCUGUGGCUUGA